GUAUGGUAACAGUGGGAUAAAACAGUUCCGCUUAACAGUAUAUUUUUACACGUAAUGAGGACAGUUGAGCCAUCUAGCGGCUAGUUACCUCGGCCUGUACAGGAUCCAUUUUGAGAAAGGACCCCUUGUUAUGAUCAACAAACAUGAGGAUUUAAUGACGGCAGAAUGGAAGACAUAAGUAGUACUGCUCUAGUCACGGUUCAGGCUUAUCGUAACAUCGCUGAAGAUCCCAGCAAACGAGGAACACUAAUCCAGGAUGAAACUAGCAUACAAUUCUUGGCUUAUGUUCUUGGUGAAAAGAAUGUAGAAGUAGUCAGUCUAGCCCUAGAAACGCUGAAAUUGCUGUCUGACACACAAAGACACCGUCAAAAGUUGGCAGCUGUGUUUGGUGUGCUUGAAGCACUUCAAGCAACAGCUGAUGGUGCUGAAGAGUUUGGCGAAGAAAUUGCCAACAGUGCUGCCGAUAUAUUUACAGCUCUCAAGUUUUCAAAGAACUCAUCUUAUGGAAACAAGGUCAAAAGCACAGCUCAGCCAAAAGUGGAAAGGAUUCCUUCCACUGAAGAAGCUGUGGAUGAUGAAGGCUUGUUUGGUGCACUAGAUACCAGUUCUCAUAGUGACAGAGGUCACCGUUUUCUUAAAUACAAUUCAAAAGCCAAAACAAUUACUGUAAAAGUAACAGGUCUCACUACCAACCAGGAGGAUCGUGAACUUUUAGAGCGACAGCUCAUUAAAGUUCAGGGAGUUAUCUCCAUCGUUUUCGAUGCUACCAACUCCCGUGUCACCUUACGCUCCCGUCCAGAUCUGAAUAUAGAAUCUGUUGGCCAAGCUGUUCGUAAGACACAAACGAUGCGUGCUUUCCUAGUUUGCAAGAACGAACUGGGAGAAGAGACGUUGAAAGCAAUCGGAGAGGCUUACUCCGAAGACUACGGUACAGACGAGAGGAAAUCAAGUACGCCCCUUCCUGAUUACCUCCCAGAGGAUGAUCACGACGUACCCACAGAGACUUCCGACAAAGCAUUAGCACCUCACGGCAUUACAGAAGUUGCAAGUAAUUGGAUAAAUUCAGCUGCUACAUUUUUGCAGCGUUCUUUCUACUGGUGAAUUCAGUGAUGCGUGAUUUGUAAGACUCUUAUACACUUUUAUAGAAGUAAUACUAAUGUCUUUCCUUAUUGUCUCUCUAUUCUCCUUCUCUCUCGAAUUUUCACUAGCCACUUCUUUCAAAGAACUACAAAAUCUCUCGUCAGACAAACAAUUGUCUUACUACUUUUCAAAAACAACAAAAGUUUUUUUUCUUCCUAGGUGCCCUAUUUCAUAGGUCGUUUUUUUUGUGUACUUGUGUGUUUAGUCGAGUUGGCUGUGCGAAAACUCUCACCCUCUGUCCAUGAUGGGGAAAAAAUAUAAUUUUUCAUUUUGA